CGCACACGCGCUCCGGGCACAUGGGUCGCCCAAAGGGUAAGCGCAAGCUGCCAAGGAACGCCGACGGCACGAUUCGGAAGGCCCCUUCGCCCCCUGCGGACCCUGCUGUAGGCAACGACUCUCCUCCCUCUUCCGACCAUGAAGGCGCCAAUAUUUCUCCCAUGCACACCAACGACCACGACGACGACUGGCGCGAUGAGGAUGCGGGUGGCGAGCCAGGUCGCGGGCAGGCGAAACUGCCGUUUGGUUCUGCGGUUCGCUCUGCAGCGAGCGCUGCGGUGUCUGCAGCAGCUCGCACAGCAAUGGCGGUGGCGCCCGAAGUCGCGCCGCCUGCGCGAAAAAACGCGGUGCAACCUCUCCACCGGUCGACGCAGCAUCGCCACAGGCGAGCGCGGUGGAGCAAGGAGGACGCCGGGAUGGCGGGGAGCUUGGCAGCAUGGCUGAAGCCCCCAGCUCAGCAGCAGGAAGGGCAGCAUGGUUCGCCUCAAAUUAUGGAGACUGAAGGUGCGGUGGAGAUGGAUGUUGAGGUGGGAGAUGUUGGUGCGGACAGCAGUGAUCAUGAUGCCGAGAAGAUCUGCAGCCCGCAAGAAGAACAUGACCGCACCAGCCGUGGCGACAGCAGCGAGAGCGAGACCGACAUGCUGGUAUGUUCGGGUGUUGGUGUUCCGCUGGAAGAUUGGUUUGGUGAGGAUGACCAGGCUAGAGCUGCAGAGCUUCUUUAUUCCAGCGGCGAGGACAGUUUUCUCGACGCACUAGACGCAAGCCGCGACCGCUCUCGCGGCCCCGGCGAACUUGACGGAGAGAGCGGCGACAAGGCUGAUGAUGAUGUUCAGCCUCAGGACACCGGCGAAGCAGAAGCUGUGGGAGACACCGGCGAAACAGCAGCUGUGGGAGGAGCCGGGCACGCAGCCUCUAGCGGUACAAGUGGUGAGACCGUCCGAAAAAGUUCGAGGACGAACCUUUUCGACGGGCUGUACGCCGACCCCGCCCGCGCACGAGACGGGGCACGCGGCCGAUGCAGUGGGCCUGGGCGAGGAACACGGGUGGCGUCGGGGGAUGGAGCCAAGGGGAGGUUUGCGGGGUUGAACAAAAAACGAUUGAAGCACAGAAGGCGCGAGGAGAGGAAGAAGACACCGGAACAACGAGCGCGAGAGCGAGAAGCGCGAGAGCGAGCGCGAGAGCGAACGCGAGAGCGAGCACUCAAAGCGCAGAGAAGGCGGGAGAACACGCCGCGAGAGAAGGAGCUCUUGGACAUCUACCAGAAAGUGGUGGACGCUAUCGACAAGGCGGAGCAGUCCAACAGCUACAGCGGUAUUGUGGAGGACCCGACGGAAAUGCUGACGGAAUCUCGUCUCCCGUCCAUCAUGCGUACCGCCUUGGCGAUUCGGGCGUACGCUGUCCUCGAGAUUGAGGAAGGUGUCAACAAGAUGCGGCACAGCUGCUACGUCGGAGAUGUGGCGAAAACCACAGCGCAGACGGUGCGCAAGUGGGUAAAGGAGUUCUGCCAAGAAAAUUUCUCAUCAGAAAACGACUUUACGAGAUAAGCCAGGCGGACUCCUUCAUUGACGACGAGGACAUCGCCCGAGCGUUGCCGGGAGGAAAUCGACCGGCGGCUUUACCGCCGGAAGAAAACGGAUCCGCGGUUUCGUGUCUCGGACUUUCAGAGGGAACUGGACGGACGUGAAAAUGAGAGAGCGCGCGGUGGGUGAACACUGUUCUUCUGAAAGAAGUGUUUUCCGGCGGAGGAGGCAUCUCUCGGACAACGGCGCACAGCUGGAUCUGCAGACUCGGCUUCAGGUGGAAGAAGAGCGGGAAGUGCGUCUACGUCGAUGGCCACAACCGCCCGGAUGUCGUCGAG